AUGGAAAAACUCGGCGAUCACUACCUGACCACUCUCUCAAAUGUCCCGUCAGCGCCAAAAUGGUCUUUUGGAGGGCGUCCACGCCCUGUUUCAGCUACGGCGACGCCAGGCCCUGGAGCCUACGACUCCACAGGGCGCGCUGGGGGACCCACUGCGCCACGUUACGGCUUUGGAAGCGAAGCGCGCGGGAAGUCGCGCAUGCAAGCUGUCCCGGGGCCGGGGGCGUAUGACCCAUCUAAACAAAGCACACGAACUGCACCUCAAUGGUCUAUGGCAGGGCGCAAAGCUGCUCGCAAAAGCAACAUAUCUCCGGGGCCUGGAGCAUAUGAUGUCAGGCAAGGCCCGGGGUCCCCUUCAUAUGGCCUGGGGACUGGGCAGCGCAAAACGUUCUCCACUCCCAACACCCCGGGUCCCGGCGCCUACAAUCCUUCCUACAUUGGCGAGUCACCUCCCCAGUGGGGCAUGGGAACUGGGAGCCGCUCAGGCGGAGCAGGCACCUUGAAAACUAAUGUCCCGGGCCCAGGCAGCUACAUACUUCCAAGCAGACUUCAGGAAGGACCGCAUUAUUCCAUGGGGAGCCGAGGGGAACAGAGAAAAAGAGACGGCAGUCCUGGUCCUGGCGCGUACGACCCACGAGUCCCUGAAAAAGACGCUGGGAAACAUAGCUUCGGCAUGAAGACUGCCGCGUUUAAGCCUGGCGGCGCGACCCCCGGUCCCGGUGCAUACAAUGUCGGAAGAGAGGUAGCGAGCCCGAGAAGCCCUCAGUGGUCAUUCGGGAGCCAGGCUAGAGGGAAGAGUUACUCUACGAACUCGCCAGGCCCAGGACAGUACAAUGCCGAUAAAACCCCUCGAACCCGGCCGCCUGCGUGGAGCCUCGGCGGCGGCGGCGAGCGCGGAUUCUACUCUAGAAGAGAUGGGCCAGCCCCUGGCGCGUAUAACAUCCCUAGUCGUCUCGGCGAAGGUGCCAAGUGA